AUGUCUUCCCCCUGCGCCUCGAGGUCCAAUAGUACUCUGGGAUCACAGAAGUAUCUGACAAAAUCACAAGAGGCCAAAUUACAACUCCAGGGCCAAGGAGGAGCUGCCAUUCUGCCAACUCAGCCAGCUCCUGUCUUUGUCUACACUCAAGAGAGGACAACACCACACCCACCACCUUCGACCGAAUUGUUGGACUUGGAUCCAAACUCCCCACGUGCAAGGGGUUUAUGUCACAAGUACAAUAUCAAGGUUGUGUCUGAUGACAGCAUUGGUGAUCGCACGGGCAUGGUAGCCAAGGUCGUUCAGGCAAUUCUGAAGCCAAGAGGGAAGGAGGAGGCAAGAAUGGGUGGAUCUGGGAUCAACACCCAUAAAACUGAGGACCGAACAGGACUGAACCGCUACAUUCUGGCUGAGCAUCAGCCUCAAUUGAAGCGUCGAGAAGGCGCGUUUUCCAAAAAGAAGUGGCUCCAUGCGAUUAUUAAGUACACACUCAAAAAAGCUCGUUCAGAAGCUACAGAGGAGCCAAUGACAUCAACUUUCAUCACUGACCUUUCCCUGGGACUUCAUCUCAAAUCCAACGUUGUGCAACCUCACGAACACGGUGGUUGGCAAGGAUGA